AUGCCUGACCAGUCCGCCCAGUUGAACCCGCUUUCGCGCGUCGAGAAGCACUGCACCACCCUCCCGAAUGGAAACCAAGAUCCGGAAUCCCGAGACGGGCCCCCUGUCUACGUGGCUACUGAUCCGCCCGCCGCCGCCCCGCCGUCUCGACAACGUACAUCAAGCUCCAACAGCGCCCCAUCCAACCUGUCGUCCCCCGCUCCAUCGAGUGUUGCGGGUGGGCAGGCGACUUCACCGUGGACGUCAUUUGCCACACCGAGUGCAAUUCCUGAACUCGAUAUUGCGGCUAUCCUCAAAGAUGCUGUUGAUCAAGUGCAGCGAUUGAGAUUGCAGACCGUGUCUGCUGCCGUCGUCACUCAGGACGUCAGGGUCCCUCCUGAGUUGGCAAAGCAAUGGAUCAAGAACAUGUUCCUCAGUCUCGUGAACCCGAAACUCAUAGAGAUGAUCCCGGAUCUCCUUGGAUUGCCGCAUGUCCACCUCGAUCCGGCCAUUUUGGUCGUGUACUACGGUGUUCUGUACCACGGCUGUGCUCUAGGCUCGACCGUACAGGCAAAUGAAGAAGGACACAAGUACAUCCGGAUGCUCUACGUGUGCUGUCUUCGAACUCUACCACUUUGGCAGCGCGAAGCAACAGGGUCCACGACCGACCUCAUCGCCGCUCUCACCAUGGUCAGUAGCGCUCCUUCGCCCCUAUCUAGCAAGCCCGUCCUACGACUAACCACCGCCCCUGGACGACAGUGCCGUACGGCAGCCGAGUGUUUUGAUGAAGAACUGGCUUGGAAAAUGUACACCUACGCCUGCGAGUACGCCCAAGCACUCAACCUGCACAACCUCGACGCCUACACCACUGCGAUCGGCCAGGACGAAGGUCAACUGGAUUCCGAUCGCAAGGGUUUCUGGGAAUUGAUCCAGAUUGACUUCUUCUUCAGGUUACUGUUCAAUCGCCCGCCGGCCAUCACGGAUAGCAUGAAUACGUGGAAGGUCAACUUGCCGUGGCUAUCAUCUGGCAGCGCGCCGCCGGACCUCAAUGCUGUCCCGACGGUGACGUUCCUCAUGGGGUCAAGGCUUACAUUCAUUCUGUCGCACUUUUUCCAGGACCUGGAGUCGCCGGAUUGCGAUGAAGCCACCAUUCGACCGAAAGCUGAAGAGUACUGUCGAGAGAUUGGCGAGCUCUUUGAUGAGUAUCAAAUUGAAGAUUGGAUUCAACGAAGCGUAGCAACAGCCGCAAAAGCCGACUGCUGGUUACUAGGCGAUGUAGCCAUGACCGGGUACACCUACAUCAUCUUCAUCCUGCGCAAACUCGCCGUCCUCAGCUCCAACUCACCGCGCCCCGUAUCCUGCGACGCGGACAUUCCCGACUCCCCGCUGGCCGUCGAGGCAUCGAGGGGCAUGCUGAGAAUUGUGCGGGCUAUCCUGGUGCACAAUCCGUAUCCUGAAACUAUGUGUGUAUUACUGGGCAUCUACCGCGCCUACGUCUCUUACGCUUGCCUCUUGAACCAUAUCCUUCGGGCCGUUGAUGUGAGAAGCCAUCACGACGAUAUUGAGCUACUGGAGGAGGUUGGAGAAGUGAUGCUCAAGGGGUCCAGGGACGAUCGGGACUUUAUGCCGUUAUUGAGGGCUAUACAGAGUCUCGGCAUGGAAGUGAAGAGGAGGCUGAAUGACGUUGCGGCUACGGGCUCUGUCUUGAAUGCUUUGACUCCGGUGACGAGCAUAGGUGUUGGGGCUGGUUAUUGA